CACACACAUAUGUGCACACACAGAGACACACAUGGGCACACACAGAGACACACAAUGCACACAUACUUACACACACAGACACACACAUGUGCACUCACACACAGAGACACACACAUGCACACAGGCACGCAUGCACGAAUCGGUCAUCUUUGAAAAGAAUUUCUAGUUUACUCGAUAAUAAAAGUGGUAUUUUCCUACUUAACAUUUCCAGAGAGGUAUGUAACCAAAUUAUUAGAGUUAUUUAUAGUUUUGCUACCAAAAUUAACCGCUGCUACCCCUUUGUAAGUUCCUCUUCACUUUUCUUUCUACAUUAUAAGUGUUAAAAGAUUUUAAACUAUCUUAUCUGUCCUUUAAGAGUUUCCCACAUGUAUACAGUGUAUUUCGAUCUAUCUUAUCUGUCCUUUAAGAGUUUCCCACAUGUAUGCAGUGUAUUUUCAUCUAACAAUUUCUAGCUCUUCCCUCCAGCUCAUUCUGGACUUGGACCUUACCAGUGUGUCCUCUCCUCCCCCAACUUCAUGUCUCCUUUCAAAAUCUGUUUAGAAAAAAAUUCAUUGAUUCCAGCUAGUGCUGCCGGUAGGCACACAGGUAUAGGGCAUCCACUGGCUACUGUAUAUGUCAGAAAAUUCAUUGUUAAUGUUUCCACCAGGGAGACAGUAUAACAAGAAGGGAAAUCUUGUUUAUUUUUUCACCAGUAUUAUCUUUUGUACACUUUGCAUUCUUAAUAGAUAUUUUCUACAUAGAGCAUACACAUUCCAUAAAAUAACCUCAUAGAGUUAGUGCUAAGAGCUGCUUUCAUACAGCACUAAGACUAUCAUAUUACUACAGAUUUUAUAUUAUAUAACAUAGUGUGUGCACACAUAAGAGCUAGGAAAACGAAAGGUUAGAUGAGCAUAGAAUUUUUCAGUUUUUAUUUCUUUUCUUAACAACAAUGGAUACAGAGGGAGGGAGGAACAGAUUGCACAGUGUUAAAACUAAAGGAAAACAAAGGAAAGACAAAAAUAGUGCGCAGGUACGCUAACCUGUGAGCACUGAGAGUGGCAUCCCAGAUGCGUGAACCUAUUUGGAUCUUUACUGAGCAGUUACUAUGCACUGCACGCUCUGGGGCUAAAAGCAGGGAACAAUCCUCAAUCUUCAUCCUAAGGGGAUGGGCUCUCCACUGAAGCUCACAGGCGGUAAAAGUUGGGACCCUGGGGUUGGGAAACAAGAGACCAGUGCAGAGCCCUGAGCAGAGCUUGCUCAAGUUGGGCGGCAGUCGCAUAUGGAUAAUGCUUGCGUUCCUUGCUAAAUCCCAGCUUUCUGAGUUCCAGAUCAGGUAGCCUGACAGCACCUUGGGGUUAUCUCUGUAACAAGCUCAAGUAAAACUCCCCGGUUUGGGGGCUGGGGAUUUAGCUCAGUGGUAGAGCGCUUACCUAGGAAGCGCAAGGCCCUGGGUUCGAUCCCCAGCUCCGAAAAAAAGAACCAAAAAAAAAAAAAAAAAAAAAAAAAAACUCCCGGGUUUGUCACAGUUAUGGUUCAUCGUAUGCUAAUCUGGACAAACAUUUAUCCCAUGUCUCCCCUGUAACAGCCAUAUCUAAUGUUAUCUGUCUCUCGUCCCUAGGUCAUAUAUUACCAUCACCCCUGUCCUUACCUAGCCCCUGUCCUAACAGCCGCAGGCCUAACAUUGAUAUCUUUUUCAUCUGCUCUCCACAGUGUAAAUAAAAUAAUUCGGCUGGUUCCCUUAUCCUAACCCUUUCUCUUCCUGAACCUGCUUUUUCCAGUUGUAAUAGCUUUCUGAUAGUUUCCAGAAUAUUCUGAUUUUUCAAAAUGUGUGUGUGUGUGUGUGUGUGUGUGUGUGUGUGUGUGUGUGUGUGUGUGUGUGUACUUUAUCUGCUGAUCUUUCCAUCCUCCUCCUGGUCUGUUUUUUGGAAGCUUUCCUCUUUAGCUUUUCUUUCAAAGGGCAAACUGAGCACGACAAGCCCAGUCACUUUCUGCUAGCCGAAAGUCGGCUGCCGUGGGCUUUAACGAUACCUGUGGUGUCCCUUUGCUUUUGCUGAACUCAGCUAGAAGCACAUCGAGAAGGUCCCACCCAAACCCCAGGCUGGGUGGUGCACAGUGUGUGCACAGACUCAUGCCCAGCAGGUUACGCUGUUCCUUUGUCUGCCCAUUCAGCUGUUUAGAAGCUGUUUGCUUCUCUGUCUCUCUUGUACCCUAACAAAGAGGUGAAUUCAACCAAAUGCAGUCGUCUCCGCCUGAGACCUAUUAAUUAUUCCACAUGAUUGGCGCCUACUUGUCCCACAACGCACAUACUGUGCUGCUCUGUUUAAGGGAAGUUGCCUGUGCCAACUCGUUAUUGCUUUACCUAGGCUCUUGGCAGUCUUUUCUUUUUUUUUCUUUCUUUCUAAAAUAACAUUGGUAAGAGUUCAAAGGGAGUCACACGUAAACCAUGGUGUAACCUUCUGAACCAGCCUGAGAGCCCUGCAGACACAUUAUGGUCACACAAUGACAGAGCAGGCUGGCGUUAUGAGCGAGGCCACAGAGGACAGCAGAGAGUUUGAAAUGAUAGAUCUCGAUCAGUCUGUCUGUCUGUCUGUCUCACACACACAGGCACAAGGAUCUCUGUCUGUCUGUCACACGUAUAAACAUACAGGCAGGAGGAUUUUAGAUCUGUCUGUCUCACACACACAGGCACAAGGAUCUCUGUCUGUCUGUCUGUCUCUCUCUCACACACACACAUGCACACACUCACACACACACGCACACCCAAGGGCUGCAUGCUUCACCCAUCUGUCUCGAUUAACCCCUCUGAAUGUCCCCCCCCCCAUUCCUGUCUGUACCUUUGUCACCUGUUCUUAAUCUGCUGUCACAAUGAUGUCACCCCUUGAUUUUUUUCUGGGUUCUCUUGCUUCUCGGGGUCGGCAAAACUCCUCAGUUUGGUGACCUGGCCCAAGACCUUAAACCUCCAUCCAACCCCUGAGCAUUGUUACUAGAAUUCUUUCGGAUUUAAAGCUAAGCACUUCUCAGAUGACUUUGCUUUUUUUGAGGGGGGGAGAGCUAUGUACUUCCAACCAUCUAGAAGUAUUGAGAACGUUCAUAGUCCUAGCUGUCUUAAGAGAUCCCAAGUUCAGUUCCCAGCUUCUGUAUCAGGCAACUUAAAACUGCCCGUACCCAGCUCUAGACAUCUCUGGCCUACUUAGAUGCGUGCACACUUGUGCACGUACCCACAUAGGCACACACGUAUGCAGCCAGUUAAAAUUCAGUCUUUUAAAUCAACAAGCAAGCAGGUUAGAAUGUGUCCAUGCGGACACUCACACCUCACACCAGACAGAUGCUUCCCCUCAGCCUGCCUUCUCUCUCCACCUCAGGCAUUAGACUCACACUAUCCUGAGUACGCAUUUCCCAAGCUCAGUUUUGUUUGGUUUUUCUUUACCACUCUGUUUCUUCUACUAAUAAAAUUGCCUUAACAGGGCACUCCCUAAAUUAUCAGAAGCAAAUUCCUCCUGAGUUCUUUCUAUCCGGUACGUAAUCUCCCUUGGCAUUAGGUUUCCAUGUGACUUUCUGUGCCAUUGUGAUGAAAUGCGUGGCAGAAGCAGUUUGGGGACGGGGCUUGCCCCAAUUCACUAUUUGAGGAUACAGCCUACCUCAGUGGGGGAGUCAGGGAAGCAAGAGUUUCUUGUUGCAGCUCAUUACAUCACACCUCACGGUCAAGAGAAAAACGGAAAUGGACUCAAGGACUCAGGUCCCCUCCCCAUCCCGGGUCAGUGCGGGGACCUGUUCCACAGGAUGGUGCCGCCCACAUUCAAGGUGGAUCUUCCCACUUGAAUGGACUUCAUUUAGAAAAGCUUAGAAGUUUGUUUCCAUGGUGAUUCGAAAUCUCAUUAAGUUGACAAGAUUAACCGUCACAUGGGCUGUGGAGUUGGCCCAGCAAUUAAAGAGCUUGCCACACAAACAACAGGACAGGGGGUCAGAUACCCGGGAUUAGUGGGCGUGGCAGCCCGCCUUGAGUUCAGCCUCAGAAGGCGGUUCUGGGUUGGAUGGAGGAACUCUGCCCGCGUAAGCUCCUGUCACACAUCGAGAAGCUUCGAAGCUCAAUGAUGAAAGAUUUAAGCGCAGAUAACGUUUUCUACAAGAGGCGGGUAGAAGAGUUAGGCCAGAAACUGCAGGAGCAGAACGAGGUGAUCAUCACUCAGAAGCAGCAGAUUAGAGAAUUUGCCAGCAAACCGUACCACAGUGUCAACGAGAUGAAAGGGACUCCUUUAACCCGACAAACGCUGGAACCUAAAUCAGCUGCACUGACCACACCCAUGAAUGCCUCAGCCACGCAGAAUCUGGAUGGUACAUCCAACCUGACCAUGGUACAUGAGCAAGUGUUCUCUUCACACAUACUGGAACCAAUAGCAGAACUUUCUUCAGAGGAGGAAAAAGGGCGAGAAAAUGAGCAGAAAACAAAUAAAAAGACGCAUGUAAGGAAAACGCCAAAUACCAACCCGACCCCUAAGGAGCUGAGGACCAACCUGGAGAAGGAGCUGGGGAAUAAACUGAGAAGCUUCGGGAUCAGCGAGAAUAUCCAAGGUAUUCCAUGCGAGAUCUUGAAUAGAUCGCUUAAAGCCAUGCAAGUAGCCAGACACGACCUAGCAAAACAGGUGCCCGACAUUCAGCAAAUUCGAGAAAACCUGGAGCAUCAGCUGAUCUGUAAAAUGGGAGAGAGAGCAUCACACUCUUCAGAUAGGCGCCAUGCCCCUCCCAUGGCCUCCUUUCCACCCGAAGAAGUACCCAAAGCAACCCAGCUUCCCCCCAGAAGCAGACCGUUGGUCAGGCAGAAAACUAUGUUCACUGAUAAAGCGUCCGCCCCAAAACUCAAGAAAAAUACCAAAGAAAGUCAUUUUCUCAGAAGGUUUCCAGCUACCAAGACGCCUCCCUUCAGCUCAGAAGAGGAGCCGGAAGAAGAGGGCUUUAUGCGGGCACACCGCUCCCCAGACGUACUCCCCACACAGCCACCUAAGAACAAGAGGAGUAACUUUGGAAGGAGAGCUGUCAGAAGUGACACGGACUGGACGGAGGGAAGUGAAAUGGAUGACUCGGACUUCUCUCCUAAGCUGACAGGAACCUCCAUUAAGAUUCAGACUGAGAAAGUUGAGAGCAUGCCUUUUCCCCAAGGCAACAGGAAUAAACCAGUUCCUGGGACGAACUCUGCUGACGCGGCUAUCAAAAAGGAAGAGUUUCGAGAGCUAAAGUGCACAGAUGCUGAUGACGAGGACUGGGAUGUAUCAUCCUUAGAGGAAGAAAAAUCUCUGGGCAGUAAAGGGAAGAGGGAGCCCCCACCCUCAAAGCGGGAUCUCAGCUGCAGCCAGGUGCAGAGGGCCUGGGGCCCCGUGAACCCUCGGGAAUUCAAGGAAGAAGGACUUCAAGAAAAGGAAUCAAGCACACGCAAGAGCAGCUUAGUCACUGUGGCUGACUGGAGUGAUGCUUUGGAUGUCUAACCACAAUCUCCCACAUCAGAGGACUGUCCAGAAGCCAGCAUCAUUGCAACCAACAGCCCAUAGGAUCCCAAUGUUCCUUAGUGUUUCCCACCAUAGCAAGGAAGCCCAUUCAAAACAAGGGUGUCCCUGAUGGCAGUAUCAAGAACAAACUGUCAAGCUAUCCACUGUGUAAAAAACAACGUAUCCUUUAAGUCAUAAAAACUCUUUUCUUCAGUACAGUA